GAAGAAGACGGCGCUUUUUGACGACGUCAUACACUCGAAACCCAAACAAACCUUUGUAGAUGGCUAGUUAAAGAUUGCUGUUAACCAUGAAUGGCUAUUUUAUUAGGAUGAAUGUAGUAUUUUGAGGGAGACAAUGAUUUCAGUUAGCUAUAUUCUGUUGUGUGGACAGUUCCUGCUCCUACUGACGGUGAUUCUGUUACAAUGUCUGGAAGGAAUUCACUCCCAGAACUCAUCGACAACGGAGACUCCUGCCGCUUCUCCUGGUCCGGGAGCUACCGCACUCCCGUUCAGCGAGCAGCCGCCUGAAAUUGUGAAAUAUGAAAUACUUGUGGAAAGCACGAAUUAUACAGAGCCCUAUGAGUACAGACCCCCGUCACCGGUCGUCCUUUGCAGUUAUCUACCGGAGGAGUUCAUCUACUGUCAAGACCCUGUGGAUCAUGCAGGCAACCACAGCGCCUUUCUGGAGAUGGGCCAUGGUUGUGUUGGGUGGGGUGGCCAGACUCAAAAAGAGGUGAACCACACACCGGUUAGCUGCACUGCACUUGACGAUAUAGAGUGUGCCGGACCCAGAGAAUUCCUCAGAGGAAAUGUACCCUGCAUCAAAUACACGGGACACUAUUUCAUCACCACGCUGCUGUACUCCUUCUUCCUGGGAUGUUUCGGGGUUGAUCGUUUCUGCCUGGGCCACACCGGCACUGCUGUCGGGAAGCUGCUCACCCUGGGAGGCCUGGGAAUCUGGUGGUUUGUAGAUUUGAUCCUGCUCAUCACUGGCGGCCUGAUGCCCAGCGAUUACAGCAACUGGUGCACCUACUACUGAGACCGACAGUAGAGUGUGACCGAGUACUCUGGCCACUUCUCAGUCAGAUAUUAUCAGUUAAAUAUUGAAAACUCCAGGGAAUUGGCCUCUGCCUGCCAUGGUUAUGAAUCUGUGGGCUGGUUUGUUCUAAGGGGAUUUAUAGCUGUGCUGCAAAGUGGAGUCCAGGGACCUCCUGAGAACUCCUAAAGGGUUCCCAGGGCUCCUGAGAAAAAUGUGGAAUAAUUUGAUUUCAUUAUAAUUUAAUUUGCUUGAAAUUUCCCACCUUGAGAAUGCAUAGGAAUGACUAUUGUACUCAGCUUUCACCAGAGCGACAGUGAUUCCAGUGCUACUUUUUAGCACUAAAUUAUGAAAUUGGGUCACAUUUCACACCUGUAGUUUAGUUUAUAUGGUCCGGACCAAGGAAAGAAAUUAGACUUUGCUACCUUUUAGUUCUGGUCUGCUUCAUGUUGACACUGACUUGAGAAGGACACAAGCACAACACACCUCUAGAAGAACCGAUUUAUGGGGGAAAAUCACUGCACUCCUGGUGGCAGAAACAUGUGUUACCACGGUUACCAAAUGAUUUGCAUAAAUAUAUACUGUACAUUGUUUAUAAGAUUGCUUUGUUGACAGCUGACUAUGAGUAUAUGGAUUUAAUAGUAGUUCAGCACUGGUGGUACCGUGUUACCACAGUUACCAAAUGAUUUGCAUAAACAUAUACUGUACAUUGCUUAUAAGAUUGCUUUGUUGACAGCUGACUAUCAGUACAUGGAUUUAAUAGUAGUUUAGCACCGUGUAUCAGUCAAGUCACUGCAAAAAUCACAUCUGCCAUCAUAAAGUCCGGUGGUUGAUCGCUUGGCUUUCACACCACAAACUGACUGCACCGGAGCUUGCUGAGAGGGAGCUUUCACACCCACCUGUUUGGUUCGGUUUACCAAAUUCUGGUGCUUUUCAUACUGUGGUGCAGACUAGACCAUCCUCCAAGCGGAGAGUGGUUCAUUUGUGGUGUGAAAGCAAAACAAACCAAACCAACCAGAUUGUUUUUAGUAAAUAUGUGAUUUUAGCAGUAAAACAUGGUACACAAAACCCCUUUUUCUCCCUUUUUACUUGUUCGUCACUGUAUAUAUGAUAUAGUACAAGGUCCAGUUUCAGUCUAUACUAGUAAUAGUCAUCAGUUAUUUCUUUACGAGCUCUUUGUGACACUAGAGAACAUAAACACAUAUGGCCCAGUAAAGUGCAGCAUGACUUGCAAUUUGAUUCCCCCAUGUGGGACCACGUAGCAAUAAUGACACAGGAUGACAUCACAAUGUACUUUUUUCUUCUUGCUUUGUUUGGACCAAAUUAACUGAACUACAGGUGUGAAAGUGACCUGAAAUCCUACAAAAUGUUCUUAACAUGAAAAGUGAAGCACAUCAGGGUCUGUGGCACCGGUUUGGGAAUUAGCCCUCAUGUCCUGAAAAUGAUAGAAAAUGCAAUUCUGUCUUGAUGUACAUUGGAAUCCACAUGUCCUGUAGCUACAGUCCCACUCCUAAUGUCACAUAUUGUUCAUACACUGUAGAGUGAUACAGCCAAGUUGUCACUGUUCACAUACAUAAUAUUGCAUACCGACCAAGAAUCCUCCAUUCCAGUUAAACUCUGAGCAAUGAGCUUAGAAAUAUAUUGCAGUUUCCUGAGGGCAACAUCCUACACAGAGUUAUCAUAGCGUUCCUUCUUCAAAUGACCAAACAGCCCAACUUUGACCCUUCACUGUUCUGACUUCUGUUCUCUCUGCUGCUUUAAUGAGUUCCAACUGUACUUUGAUUGAUUAACAUUACAGCCUCAAGCUCAGUAAGAACAUAAAACUCAACAUGGACAGUGUUCACAUAAGUCAUGUGGACGAGCUGAUGAUUUAGUGGUUUUUAGGUUUGACUCUAGGAAUGUUUUGAGACGGGGAAAGCAGUAAAUUCCUUCACCUUGAAAAACUGCAUCUGUGCUGUGGGACAGCAUUUCCCUCCUUUCAUGUGUAGAGUCUGACCCUGUUCAAAUGCCUCACACUAAAACAAAUUCUGAUCUUCAUUGACUUUGUCCAGCUAAGCUCAGGUCUCACAUUAAAUAUCUUAAAUGUGUUAUAUCUUAUUAAAAAUCUUAUUCUUCCACUUUCUGCAUUUCUCAUCUUUACCUGAACUGAAGGUUUAUGUGCUCUUUCAUAGCUACAGCGGGUUUCAUUACCUAAGGAUCCAUAAAACCCUUUUAGGUCAUAAAAAGUUGAAGAAGACAUGAUCGUUAGCAUGUCAACUCUUCUCAUACAGCAGCAGCAAAAUGCUUUUAGCAGGCAAUAUAUUUUCAGCUGGCUUAAUCUUUUGUAGGGGGAAGAAUAAAGACACUGUUUUACAUAUUGCAAUUUCCCACUUAAUUCACACUAUGGCAAUUUAUAUACUGUCUUACACACCUGUAUAAAAUUUGUACAGAGAGUUUUUCAUACAUAAGAUCUUUCCUUUAAUGUAAUUCUUUGCUUUAUUUUAUUUUCAGCUCUGCAGAAUUGCCCUAUAUGAGUUUAAAAACAUACUGAAACAUACUGUGUCAAUGCCUCUUUGAAAACUGUAAUGUUCUGGAGUCUCUUGGCCUUGUAAGAUACUGUAUAUAAUAUUGAUCUGCCCAAUAGAAGCUUCACUUGGGAAGCGUUUUAUAUUCUUUAACUUUAAUCCACUCUACUAUUUAUUUAUUUGCUUUACACGUUUCAUGUGUUGAGUCAGAAAAGACAUGUUCCUUGAAACUACCCCGAGUCUUAUGUUUAUUUGACAAUGUUUCCUUUUCAGAUGAUCUCUUGGCUUGUUUCUCCUGAAAAUAAAAAACGUAUAAAGGAAACAUGCCAUUUGAGAUGAAAUUGAGGGAUAGGGGUACUCAGUUAAUGAAGGGAGGUUAUACCAGAUUGUUCUAUUGUUGAUUUUUACUGUGCUCUUCAACUUUUUAUUUAAAGCUACAUGUGCUGCUGGAAAACCCAGUUUCCCCUUUUGUGAUGGUGAGAAGGAAUCUAAAGUGUCUCAUGCUGUAUUUAUCACUGUUCACAGUUGUGACUCAAUAAAAAGUAUCUGGUA